AACGAUGAAAUUAUUAAAAAUCAGAUUGUGACCUAAUUUCCCUUUCUUCUUCACUCAAGUCUCUGCUUCGCACGCCCCAUAGCGAUUCUUGGUAGCUACAAUGGGUAAAGCUAAAAAAGGAGGCAAAUUUGCUGUUGUCAAGAAGAUAGUUACUUCCAAAGCAAUCAAAAGCUAUAAAGAAGAUGUUUUGAACCCUGAAAAGAAGAAUAAUCUUAAAGAUAAGUUACCCAGAAACGUUCCAAAACAUUCUUCAGCUCUUUUCUUUCAAUACAAUACUGCUUUGGGACCUCCUUAUCGUGUUUUGGUGGAUACCAAUUUCAUCAAUUUCUCCAUCCAGAAUAAAUUGGAUUUGGAGAAAGGAAUGAUGGACUGCUUAUAUGCAAAAUGUACCCCGUGUAUCACAGACUGUGUGAUGGCAGAACUAGAGAAGUUGGGCACAAAAUAUCGUGUAGCUCUAAGGAUUGCAAAGGAUCCUCGAUUUGAGAGAUUAGUCUGUACUCAUAAGGGUACCUAUGCUGAUGACUGCCUUGUCGACAGAGUUACUCUGAGUAAAUGCUUCAUUGUGGCAACUUGUGAUCGAGACUUGAAGAGGAGGAUCCGGAAGAUUCCUGGUGUGCCAAUAAUGUACAUCACCAAACACAGAUACUCAAUCGAGCGGUUGCCUGAAGCAACAAUUGGUGGAGCACCUAGAAUUUGAUGCAUUAAAGCAGGAAAUGAAACUCAGACAAAAUUUUGACACUCCUUUCUGGGUUUAGAUGCAACUUUACCUUAUGCAUGUUUGAUCCUUUUGCUGGCUGGAUUGCAAUUUAAUAGUAGCUUCACUCUGAUCAAGAAGCAACUCUAAGAAUGGUUGAUCCGUUAAAUUUCCAUAGUGUAACUUGGUAGAUUUAUGAUGCUGUCAAACUUUUUUCUUUUUACCUCAGUUUUGUCUCACAAAUGUAUCAAUCUGAACUUUUGAGAGUGCCUAAUCUAUUGUGUGGUUCAUGGCAGUUUCAUAAUUAUAGAUGUAAACCUAUUGAAAUAGUAAUACUUUAUUUAUGAUUAGAAAAGGAAAUGUUUCAGUUGAAUCUGAA